CACAACUAGCGCAGAUUCAGGCACUCCAUGCCCCCAUAGGGUUAAAGAGAUGGGCAGACCUCGAACACGACCUGUUCGGCCAGGACUUCCCUUCCCUCUAUAUCUGGGUACCAAAGCGAGCAAGACCACAACCCCCACAAACCACACCGGCACUUGACACCUCUAUAACUCUCUGGAACAAACUCUCCAUCAAACACGCACUCACGACAGACCCUUCACCCAUGACACCAAUCUUGAGAAACGAACACUUCACACCAGGCAUGACCCCAAAAGACUUCGCACACUAUGAAGACAAUUACUUAAUCAGGACGUACCACUUCUUCCAGAAUCAAAAAAUCAUACCGUUUACGGACUUACCACAAGCCAGACCACUCAGCACACACGACUUCUUCCGCUACCUGCAAAUCAAAAACCUGCUGGAAACUCCUACAUAUUAA